AUGUUCUUCAGAAUGGCACGAAACUUAAAAGUGCAUGGAUACUUCUAUGGACCACUGCUAGAGUUGCCCAGAGUCUUGGAAUACACACACAAAAACACGAUGCCUCUUCGUCAAGUCGAAAGCUAUGACACGCCUUUCCACUUUAUCGUCAUAGCUAGCUGUCGUAUGGCGAGAUUAUCUAUUAUCCUUAUGCUUCGACAGAACCCCCGUCACAAGACCAAUCGCUGCAGCGGAGGAUCUCCGAGACAAUAUUUCCUACUAGUAGCCUGUCGGCAUCUUCUGAAUCGCCAGACCUUGCUAUUAUACUCGGGGACGUAUCAGGUACUGAGCAGAUCCGAUCAAAAAUCAUUGGUUGAAACGGUAGACCACAAAGAUUCAACAUUGUGCAGCGUUGUGAGCUUCAAUACUGAAUUCGCACAUGUUUUCGUCAUGGACUGUUUAUGUCGUCCGGUGCUCCGCAGUCACGAUCCUACAACACGAACAUUUACCCACUCAUAA